UAGUAACAAGUAAAAACAAGAGAAGGCUAGCAGUACUCAGUUUAUGCAGGCCAGGCUGACAGAAAAAUGUAAUAACACAGGUCCUUAGCUGUAUCCACUUAAAAACGACAGAGCAGUGCCCUUCCUGGUUUUUAUUUAUUUACAUGGCUCUUGGUGGCUCUUAUGUAUAAUUCACAGCCAGGGAGAUGGAAGGAUCCUCGACAAACCUUGGGAGAGAGUUCCUGUGUCUUAGGUCGGGAGAUUGCACCCUCUCCGUCUCUGCACUGAUCUGGGUGGUGGACGAACUUCAAUACUGCAUGAUGGCCAAGGGCAAGAAGCAGUCAAGCGAGCCCAAGGGCCGGAAGAUCACCCUAAAGAUGGCGAAGCUGGCCCUGAAGCUGACCGUGGAUGGCAAGCGUCGGCUGGACCUCAGCAACAUGGAGCUCACCACCUUUCCCAAGUGCAUCCUGAAGCUUUGCGAUGUGGACGAGCUGGACCUGAGCCGCAACCUGCUCAAGAAGAUCCCAGACUCUAUCGCCAAGUUUGUCAACCUCUGCUUUUUGGACCUCCACAGCAACCAGCUGGACCAGGUUCCGGAAGCUAUCGGGCGCCUCCGUAACCUAUACAGCCUCAACCUGUGUAACAACUGUCUGAGCACUGUAGGACUCCCCAACGAGAUCGGUCUCCUGCGAAAGCUGAGGAGCCUCAACCUGGGCAUGAACGUCCUGGAGAGCAUCCCAUCCUCUAUUGCAGCCCUCAAGGAGCUGCGUCACCUUGGCCUGUUCAACAACCAACUGACCCGGGUACCUGAGUGCCUCCGCAACCUGCCCUACCUGGAGACCGUCAACCUGAAGUGCAAUCCUAUCCCCUUGGAGGAUGACAAAGGAAUUGACCCCAUCCAGAGGGUGGAGUGCCUGUACCUGGUGAGGGAGAGCUCCCUGUGUGCCUGCUGCCUCCAGAAAGUCAAAGACAACAGGCAGAGGGUGAACAGCAGGCUGAGCAGAGGCCCCACCCACAGGAAGUCAAUAGGUCAUCAAGGACAUAUUAUUUAGGAUAAGAACAGUCCAGGUGCUCUAUUGCAAUAGCUACUUAUUACUUGACAAUGUAUAUUAGGCAUAUCAGGAAUUCUGGAAGAAGAAACAUUACAGGGGUUGCAGUCACACAUAACCAGCCUUCUAUAAGCUGCUCGGUCUGUGGUUUGUUGUACUCUAUCGCCCUCUAGAGCUGGGAGUCCUGUAAUGUUCUCCAACAGACACUGCACUGGAAAUCUAUCUUAGCUUUACUAAUACUACUUUCAUUUGCAUAUGUGUUUGCAUAUCAAAUGUUUCUGAUGAUAAAAUAAGCUUUCAUUCUCA